GUUGAUGCUGAUGAUGGGGGUGCUGUUCUGCUGCGGAGCUGGCUGCUUCUUCCGCAGGCGCAUGUACCGCUCGCCCCUCAGCGACGAGCAUGCCUUCAACGUCUCCUUUACCAGGCAGCCCGUAUCCACGCCAGGUCAGUGGGAGUAUAGGGCACAGACGAGCGGUUCCAGGAUGUGAUUAAAUAUUAGCGAUAUUACUGUGCAACCUAGGCGUUCUAUUUUCUCCUGAGAUUGCAAGACAAUUCGUAUGUUGAUGUAGUCGGUUUUCAACCUCCUGUGUUGAAGUUGUUUUUUUAGUUUCUGGUGCAAAGAGCGCCAAAACCUUCACUAACCUUGUGGUCUGUAUCAUCCAAUCACAGAGCAGAUACAAGUCACGUGAUACGCCAGCGAACACAUAACUUACAUCUGCCCCAUAAUUGGACGAGACAGCAGCUGUCGAGCGGCAUCUUGCUCACCAACAGAUCACAUGACUUGCAUCUGCUCUGUGACUGGACGACACAGACCUCAAUGCUGUAUGGGAUGAGUAGUUUGUUUUACUCCUAACACCGGUAUGUACACAGUCCUGUACCCUUGACUUUUUUCAUAUCACAGUUACUAUUUCGUGGUAUCCAAUUGGUAGUUAGUCUUGUUCCAUCGCUGCAACUCCCGUACGGACAUGGGAGAGGCGAAGGUCGAAAGCCGUGCGUCCUCCGAAACACAACCCAACCGAGCCGCACUGCUUCUUGACACAAUGCCCGCUUAACCCAGCCGCACCAAUGUGUCGGAGGAAACAACGUAUACCUGGCGACCGUGUCAGCGUGCACUGCGCCCGGCCCACCACAGGAGUCGCUAGUGCCCGAUGGGACAAGAACAUCCCUGCAGGCCAAACCCUCCACUAACCUGGACGACACUGGGCCAAUUGUGCGCCACCCAAUGGGUGAAAGCCUGACUGAGUUCCUAAAAAAAUAAUUUAAAGUCGGGACCUACCGUCCGCCAGUUGAGUAUGACUGGUAUAACAGUUUUAACGGUUGAGUAUGACUAUGGAAAUAGUUAGCAAUACUGUACCGUUUAUGUUCAUGUAUUCAGAAAUGCAUUUCUAAUCAAAUCCAUACAGGUUUCAUUCUGAUUAAGACAUCGCUGAAGGAGACCGAAUCACAGGUUAUUUUGAUUCAGUGCCAAUUACCCCGCUGUGCUAUCAGCAGUGACAGCUUUACUGGCCUUCACAGUGCUGCAGGAGAUAAGAUACCCAGCACUGUGUGUGUGUGUGUGUGUGUGUGUGUGUGUGUGUUUAAUCCGAUCUAAUUAUGUUCAUUCCAGGUGCAGUGAGAUAAUGAAAAUGGCUGCUGCUGAUGAUGAUACAUGCGCAGAGCCAGGCAGCCAUGUGCAUGACGUUAUUUCUAUUACAGCAUGUUGGAUGACUGUCAUUCAUAUUCCAUUCACCCAGUUCAAUGUAACAGCAAUCGGUUUAGGCAACUACAUGAUACUAAAAUAUUCCCUAUACCCAUCAUAAGGUUGCUACAACCUAGCCUAUGAAUGAAAGUUUACAACGUAGGUGCACACAGAUCGAGAGACACAUUUGAGGUGACAGACGGUGACAUUCAAUACCGCCUUGCAACCUCUUGCCAGUAUCUAGCUGAUAUAGGGUGUAAUCAUUAGUCCAACAGUUGCAAACGGGAGUUUCUAUUGGACAAAUUCAGGUAUGUUUAUCCCCAUUUUGUUCUGUAUGCUUCCGUUUUAAGAAACGUUUUUCAGCAAUCGGUGGAAUGAAUACACCCCUGAUCACACGUAGACACAGUUCACUUUCAUAGCAGCCACGUUGUAUUCCUUCUCGCAUCUAUGCGCUCUCCUCCUCUCACCUCUUCCCUUCGCUUGUGGACUUCAAUUCACAACACAUCAGCUGUAUGUGAAAAACCCUUCCAAGCCAAACCACUACACACAGCCUACAUCGUUGUCACCAUAUUUGCUAAGGUAAUGUCAUAGUCAGCAUAGCUAAUAGAAUUAACGCGUUUGUAAACCCGCUACAAUCAUGCAGUAACGUUGGUGUACAGUCAGUAAGCAGUUACACCGGUGGGCCCCGGUGGUAAUAAAUUAGUCAAACCAAAAGCUUACCUUGACUUGGAAGAGUUCCAAUGCUGUGUUGGAUAGUUUUAGCCAGCUAGCUAACAUAGCAUCCCUCUGUUUGAGCAGGGUGUUCCAGUAGGCUAAACUAGCUAGCUGCAUUUAAUAGCUAAGGAAGUGAAACUGAAAGUGAAAAGAAAUGACAUUCUUUCUCUCUUGCGUCUCCUUCAUUUUUGAAGAAAUGUAUUUGUUGAAAACUGUUGGACUACUGUCUUUCUCUCUAUUUGAGUCAACUACUCACCACAUUUUAUGCACUGCAGUGCUAGCUAGCUGUAUCUUAUGCUUUCAGUACCAGAUUAAUUCUCUGAUCCUUUGAGUGGGUGGACAACAUGUCAGUUCAUGCUGCAAGAGCUCUGAUAGGUUGGAGGACGUCCUCUGGAAGUUGUCAUAAUUACUGUGUAAGUCUAUGGAAGGGGGUGAGGACCAUGAGCCUCCUAGGUUUUGUAUUGAAGUCAUGUACCAAGAGGAGGACGGAAGCUAGCUGUCCUCCGGCUACUCCAUAGUGCUACCCUACAGAGUGCUGUUGAGGCUACUGUAGACCUUCUUUGCAAAAUAGUGUUUUAAUCAAUUAUUUGGUGACGUGAUUAUUUAGUAUAGUUUUAUCUAAAAAGGAUAACUUUUGAAAUGUUUUACGUUAAAAAAAUAUAUAUAUAUCACUGGAGGAUGGUCCUCCUCUGAGGAACCUCCACUGCUAUUUAUAUUUUUGACAACUUUUACUUUUACUUCACUACAUUCCUAAAGAAAAUAAUGUCCUUUUUACUCCAUACAUUUCCCCUUAACAGGACAGGAAAAUGGUCCAAUUCACACACUUAUCAAGAGAACAUCCCUGAUCAUCCCUACUGCCUCUGAUUUGGCGAACUCACUAAACACAAAUGCUUAAUUUGUAAAUUAUGUCUGUGUUGGAGUGUGCCCCUGACUAUGCGUAAAUUUUAAAAAAACAAGAAAAUCGUGCCGUCUGGUUUGCCUAAUAUAAGGAAUUAUUUUUACUUUUGAUACUUAAGUAUACUUUUUACUGGGUGACUCACUUUUACUUUAGUCAUUUUCAAUUAAGGUAUCUUUACUUUACUUUUACUCAAGUAUGACAAUUAGGUAAUUUUUCCACCACUGCAUUUAGGCUAAAUUAGUGUGUAUGGUUUGGAUUUCCAAGGCGGUUGAUUGUGAACUCUGCAGCAUGGGUUGGACACUGUCUCCUCCCUCAGUUUAAAGUCUAGUUUUGAUUUACAUUUGUUUGAGUUGUCAACUAACAAUAAUUCAACGUGAAAUCAACAAAAUGUUACGCUGAUGAUUUUUUGUAAAUCCAAUCAGUUUUCCACGUUGAUUCAAUGUUGUCACAGAUUUAUUUGUUGUUGUUGAAAUGACACAGGAAACACAGCGUUUGACGGCAAUGUUGUCUCUCAGAUAAGCAUGUUUGUAGUUGUGGGAACAGUGAGUGGGAUGUUGGUCAUAAAUAUUUCAUGCAUCCUGUGUUAGAACACUUAACAGUGGGAGGGCUGUGAGCCGUUUAGAAGCGGGCUGAAAGAGGAUCAUUUUUAAAUACUUUAUCACAUUACUUAACACACCUGAAUCUGUUUACAGAAUGUAUAUUCGUGCGAAACAAUUUAAAAGAUGACUAACAUUUCUCUGUGUCCUCCCCAUGCAGGACCCCAGCAGCCUGGCAUGGUGGGGUAUGGCGACCCCAGCGGGGUCAUGACUUCCCCCCUCACUCCCGUCUACCCCAUCCAGCCCGGCCCGGCCCCUGUGAUGAGCGACUACUCUCCGCCGCCCUCGUACUGCAACCACCCACCCCCGCCCUAUGAACAGGUGUUCCGGACACCAGAGAAGAAG